ACGACUUAAAGACAUCUAUUCAUUGGAGUGAUGUGCCAUCGCCCGCCAGUGUACACUCGUGUUGAUAUGGAGUGGUCGCCCCAAACAGAUGGCACGAAAGUUGAAAUUUUAUUUAAAUUUCGAACACAUUUCAUUAACUUUUUUUUAAUGCGGUAGUGAAGUUUGACGUAGACAGUGAACAUUAUAUUUGAUUUCUGUUGUAGUGAGUUUCGUUCUACGAUUGUUAUAUUCUAUAUUUAAACGCAAGUUUGAGUUGAAAUGGAAGUAAAAGAAGAAUUGAACAAGAAGAAAGAAGAUGACGGGGACAUCCUGGAGACGAUCCUGUCCCACGUGGGCGAGAUGGGGCGGUACCAGAAGUGGCUGUUCGUGGGCAUGAUGCCGUUCGGGUUCAUAUUCGCUUUCGUGUACUUCGUGCAGAUGUUCAUAGCAGCUACUCCACAGCGGCACUGGUGUACUGUGCCGGAGCUGCACCACUUACACUGGGAACUAAGACGCAAUCUGUCGGUGCCACCAGCAACCGCAGUGGGCGAUCCAUGGGACAAAUGCUCCACCUUCAACGCCAACUGGAGCGAGGUGCUGGAGACCAUGGCGCCUCCACUAACAAACACAACUGUGCCUUGCCAGAACGGAUGGGAGUUCGAACUCUCGGAUAUACCGUAUCACACAGUAGUCAGCGAGCGUGGAUGGGUGUGCGAGAACGCGGGCUUUGCUCCCAUAGCACAGUCUGUAUUCUUCGCGGGCUCGUUCGUGGGCGGCCUAUUCUUCGGCUGGCUGGCUGACACCUUCGGACGGGUGCCCGCUUUGGUUGGAUCGAACCUAAUCGGAUGUGUGGGUGGACUGGCCAGUAUUUUCACUACAGGACUGUUGGACUUUGCAUUCUGCAGGUUUCUUGUGGGUAUGGCGUACGACAGCUGCUUUAUGAUGAUGUACAUUCUAGUUUUAGAGUACGUGGGUCCUAAGCACCGUACGUGGGUCGCGAAUAUGUCAAUUGCGCUUUUCUUCGGUUCUGGUUGCCUGGUGCUGCCAUGGCUCGCUCUGUGGAUAGGUGAUUGGAGACAGCUCGUGCUGGCGACAUCAUUACCCAUGCUUGUAGCGUUGGCAGCUCCAUUCUUAGUUCCUGAAAGUGCUAGAUGGCUUUCAUCUCGCGGUCGUAUCAAUAGAGCCGUGGAAGUAUUAAAGAGAUUUGAAAAGGUUAACGACACUAAAAUACCGCAGGAUGUCUUGGAUGAAUUUAUUGUAUCGUCACGUCAAAUGAGGCAGACUAACGAAUCACUAGCGUCAGUGUUCAGGAGUCCACCACUACGCAACGCCAUGAUCUUCAUGAUAAUUGUGUACAUGGCUUGCGCGGUAAUCUUCGAUGGGCUGGUGCGAAUGUCUGAGGGUUUGGGCCUGGAUUUCUUUAUCACGUUCACAUUGACGUCCGCUACAGAGAUACCAUCAGUCACUCUACUAGCAUUGGUGCUUGACAGAUGGGGCCGCAGGAUGCUAACGUGCGGGCCUAUGGCCAUCGCUGGUAUACUGUCAUUAAUAGCUGCCUUCGUUCCUAAAGGGAUUCCUCAAGUAUCUCUGGCUAUAAUGGCGCGGUUUUGCAUCAACAUGUCAUACAAUGCCGCCAUACAGUGGUCGACGGAGCUGCUGCCGACUGGCGUUCGGGCGUCCGGAACAUCUCUCAUACACGUGAGCGGUUACAUUGCCACUGUGGUGUCGCCGUUCAUAGUUUACUCUGAGCGGUUAUGGAGCUCUUUACCACUGUUGCUGUUGGGUUUGAUAGCUAUGGUAGCUGGCACCUUCGGCGUCCUCUUGCCUGAGACGAAGGGCCGGCCCAUGCCGCAGUCGAUCGCUGACGGCGAGAGGCUGGUCAGGGAGCAUUCAUUGUGCGGGAAACCCGAAGAGGUGGACGUUGAAGACUGGAGCGAUAAGGAGAAGUCUCGUAUCACGUAGCGCUCGUGUACUCAAGACCAGGCUACCUAGUAAGCUACCUAAUGUUAGGUACCAAUUAUUAAAUACCGUACACCUACCAAGUAUACUACCUACAUUGCAAAAGAGAACUUCAAUGAUCUAUGUACUUAGUUGAUGUUGCUUUACAGUAAAUGCAUUGAUUACUGGACGUUAGGAUAAUUUAAUAGAUUUUAUUUUAUAUAAGUAUUCAUAUACUUCCGCUCAGGGUUGUCAAUUCGUUAUAUUUGAAUAGAUUUAACAUUAUUAUAAUUAAGCUAAGUUUUAGUUAGUAAUCCUUAUAAUAGGCUGGCUCAUUACUUAUGUGUAUAUUGUUUUAGUAAAAAUAAUUUGUAUGUUGGUACGAAAUGAUGCUAUUAAUAUAAAAAAUAAAUUUGUAAGUAAUACGGCGUACACUGAGUUGAAAAUAAAAAAAGGACAUUAUGUAUUUUUUUUAGAUAGGAUUUAAGUAACUAUCGGAAACUAUUAACUAAAUAACAGUUAUAACUAACUAUAUAACAGUUUCGAAACUGUUUCGAUUCGAAACU